AUGCAUCGAUGCGUGAAGAUACAAACAAAUGACAAUAAAAUUAUGUCGAAGAUAUUUCUAGUUAUACUCCUAACAACGUUAGCCAAUGCUCAAGAUAGAUGGGCUUUAGUGGGAAACCCACUCGUGGCCGUCAGACCCUGCAACGACACAGAUGAUGUCUUCAUUAAUUAUGAACCAGGGAAACCUCCGGAAGAAGAAAACGAAUAUUCUUUGAAUAUCGAAAAAUCGUUUCCCGUUUAUUCGAGAAUUAGCUUAAGGUUCGAUUCACCCGCUAGUGUUAAAUUGUUUGACAAAUCCUUCGCUAGGGUAUCAACUGGGAAAGGUGAUGUUAUUGAAAUUAGGUUCUUCAAAAGUCAUAAUGGAAUAUCGCUCCAAGUCCAAGGGCCAAGGAUAACACUUCUGUUGUGCCAUAUCUGA